UCCUGAACAUCACGCACAUACACACGUGUAUUGAGGCUACAACCAUGGCGGAUCUACAGAUGAAACUUCUCCGAAAGAAAAUCCAGAAAAGAAAUGAGAAGAACAAAGAACGAAAAUUAAAAAAACAGACACAAGAUGAUGAGACAGUAAACUCAAAUGGUCUGGAGGAAGAAUGUACUGAAGAUCCAACAGCAGCUUGUCAAACAGAGACCAAGCCUAAGAAGAAGCAGAACAGCGUGUCAGUGGACAGGACCACCACAGCCAGUGAGACUCCUCUAAAGAAGAAAAAGAAAAAAAAGAGGAAGCUCACUGACUCUGCUGAAUCCCCAGCUGAAAAAAAGACCAAAACAUCAGAUGAUGAUGAGGAGGAGGAUGAGGGGGAAGAAGAGGCUGGUAAAAAUGCCGAACAGGUAGUUGAAGAACCAGAGGAAGCUGCAGAUGAUGAGGAAGAAGAUGAUGAUGCUGAAGAGGAGGAGAACAAAGAUGGAGAGGGUGAUGAAGAAGAUGAUGAACAACCCGAACUACCAUCGGGCUUAACAGGAGCCUUUGAGGACACAUCGUUUGCCUCCCUCGCUGAGCUGGUGAGUGAGAGCACGCUGAAAGGAGUGAAGGAAAUGGGCUUCGAACACAUGACAGAGAUCCAGCACAAAAGUAUACGCCCUCUGCUGGAGGGAAGGGACGUCCUGGCUGCAGCCAAGACAGGCAGCGGUAAAACCUUGGCCUUCCUCAUCCCGUCUAUAGAGCUCAUCUACAAACUCAAGUUCAUGCCCAGGAAUGGUACUGGUGUGGUGAUUCUUUCUCCUACACGUGAGUUGGCGAUGCAAACAUAUGGUGUACUGAAGGAGCUGAUGACGCACCAUGUGCACACAUACGGUCUGAUCAUGGGGGGCAGUAACCGCUCAGCUGAGGCCCAGAAACUGGCCAAUGGUGUCAAUAUCCUGGUGGCCACGCCAGGCCGUCUGCUGGAUCACCUCCAGAAUACUCCAGGGUUCAUGUUCAAGAACUUGCAGUGUUUGAUUAUUGAUGAAGCCGACCGCAUCUUGGAGGUGGGCUUCGAAGAGGAACUGAAGCAGAUCAUCAAACUGCUGCCAAAGAAGAGGCAGACCAUGCUGUUUUCAGCUACUCAGACCCGUAAAGUGGAGGAUUUGGCUCGUAUCUCCUUGAAGAAGGAGCCUCUGUAUGUCGGGGUGGAUGACAACAAAGACAAAGCAACUGUGGAUGGACUGGAGCAGGGUUACGUGGUUUGUCCGUCAGAAAAGCGCUUCCUGCUGCUCUUUACCUUUCUGAAGAAGAACCGCAAGAAGAAGCUCAUGGUCUUCUUCUCCUCCUGUAUGUCUGUGAAGUUUCAUUAUGAGCUACUCAACUACAUCGACCUGCCCGUCAUGGCCAUUCAUGGCAAGCAGAAGCAGACCAAACGUACCACCACCUUCUUCCAGUUCUGCAACGCUGACUCUGGCAUCCUGCUGUGUACUGACGUGGCCGCUCGAGGGCUGGACAUCCCAGAGGUGGACUGGAUCGUCCAAUAUGACCCACCGGAUGACCCCAAGGAGUACAUCCACCGAGUAGGAAGAACGGCACGAGGGAUCAAUGGCAGAGGCCACGCGCUCCUGAUCCUCCGGCCUGAAGAACUAGGCUUCCUGCGUUUCCUCAAACAAGCCAAGGUUCCAUUAAGUGAGUUUGAGUUUUCCUGGAGUAAGAUCUCAGAUAUUCAGUCCCAGUUGGAGAAGCUGAUCGAGAAGAACUACUACCUCCACAAGUCAGCCCAGGAAGCCUACAAGUCAUAUGUGAGGGCUUACGACUCCCACUCACUCAAACAGAUCUACAGUGUCAGCACCCUCAACCUCCCCAUGGUGGCGCUGUCCUUUGGCUUCAAAGUUCCCCCCUUUGUUGACCUGAACGUCCACAGCAGUAAAGGAAUCAAGAUGCAGAAACGUGGCGGUGGAGGAGGAUUUGGAUACCAAAAGUCAAAAAAUGUACACAAGUCUAAAAUCUUCAAGCACGUCAACAAAGGAAAGGGUGACAAAAGACAGUUCUCUCGCUGAGUUGGCCCAACAUUCUCCUCCUAGACUCUUUCCUGUGUUUGUGGAGAAGCGGCCGUUUAUGAAUACAGACUCUACUGUAAAGCGGAGGCUGUGAAAUGUACAGUUUGCCUCUGUUGGAAGAUAUUAUUUAGCCCAUUUGUUCCUGACUUGUAUAACAGGUGUUUUGUAAAUGUAUUGAUGUCACAGAAGAUUCCCUAAGUAACAAAAUACUCUUUUCUAAUAUCGCUGCAUCAGAUUGGAAUAUAAAUCCUUAAACCAUAAAUUUGUGAAGUUCUCAGUGUGUUGUGUGUUGUUUAAUUGUAGAGGGGGGAAAAAAAUCACCACAUCCACGUUUUUUUCUUUUUGAACACACUUCAUUUGCAUCAGUUUACAUUAAAAUUUGACCAGGCAUUUGUGUUAACCUGCAAAUCUGUACACAGAUGAAGUAAUCACAGUGUUCUGAGCUAUGAAGUUACAUUUGAUGAAGUGGAAAGUCACUGGAGCAAAGUAA